UGAAAUUUGUGUCAGUAAUGAAGUUAUUAUUGAUAUAAUUAAACUAAGCCGCGACAAGUAUUGCGAAAAGUGUGUGAAAAAGAGGAAAAAGCCGGUACCGGGUUGUCUGUGCAGCAACAAAGCCGCGUGUAUCACAAUUAAGUUCGUUUAGUGAGUGUUUAGUGUCCUGUGCUAUGCCGAUCACAGGUGGUUUAUGGCAGUGAGAUCCAAUAUCUAUCGCAAAUUACUUCGUAAUGCAAGAUUCGAGCAUAGCGGGCACAGUUAUAAAAAUCGCAGAAAAAAGCUAACGAACACAUCCUCGGACGCCAGUCUGAUUCCGAGAAAGAAACAAAAUCAACGGACAACCUUCUCGGACCUUCCUCACUGGAGGGAAAAAAACCUCCAAAAUCACAUCGGCGCGAGCCUCCACACCGCAUCCAGACGAGGGAAAAAACGACAAAGUUGUCGCGCCUUUUUGCCACAUAUCGUCAAGUCACGCGUGUGUGUGUGAUCAGUGAUCAAUCAAGUUGUGAUAGUAUUCUUACCUAGGAUAGUGAUAGAUUUACGGCACUUAGAUAUAGAGAUUUAUAUAUUAUUAUUUAAAACGAAUUAAGUUUGAAACAAGAAUCGAUAUAAUGUAUACGCCGGUGUCGAAUAACAACGGGAACAUGCUGGCGGUUGAUACGUGUCUGGGAGCCGGGGCGAGCGUAACGCCGCGAACCCCGGAAAUUCUGAAUUCUUUGAUCGCUAUGACCAACCCUUUGGACUGCAGUCUCCAGGAGAGGCAGCAGAGGGAAGCCACUACACCCACCAAUAGUGUUCAACAGACAUGUUCGCAACUCAUCAAAGCUGGUUUAAAAUUGUCGAUACAAAGCAAGAGAAAGCAUUCCACUAGUGAGUCUGGUUCGGGUAGUAAAUGCGAAUACAACGGUACGACGGGGAGUGAAGAUGACGACGAAGAACGAAUGUCGCCAGUCCAAGGGCUGACGCCCGAGGACGAGGAGCGGCGUAGGCGGCGACGGGAGCGGAACAAAAUCGCCGCGACCAAGUGUAGGCAGAAAAAACGCGAACGGACGGUGAAUCUCGUUUCCGAGUCCGCGGUACUCGAGACCCAGAAUGUAGAUCUGAAGGCGCAGAUCAAAGAGCUCGACGCGCAGGUCAGGCAACUUGUCGACAUGUUGACCAGGCAUUCGCCGUCGUGUCUGAGGAAGCAGAAUGAUGUCACACUGACAAACUACAGUCAGUCGUACGCCUCUUUCUGUUCUUCCAAUCCUAUGUACCUGCAGAGCGCCACGCCGGUCGAUCCUUACAUUGGAGCGGACUCCAUCAACGGAUUCACCGACGAUGUUUUGAGAAAUACUGUGUUAAAGCACGAUGCUGAUGUUUACAUGACAAGUGCAAAAGACGACACAAUGCACAUUUUACCUGAUAUCAAUACUUUCGGUCAUCCGACCGAUAUAUCGGUUCCAAAAAUCGAAGACAAUAGCUUCGAUUUGAGCGGCGAAGAAGAGACCAAAUACACCGAUUUGGACAAUCAGGAAUGUUUCGGAUACCCACCUCAGCAGCAGUGCCAUCAGCUUAGGGGCGUUAUGCCCACAUAGCGAUGGUUACGAUUGCGCACACAUAAAGAAAUAUUCCAAAUUUUCGUAAUAUUAAUUCGUCGAAUUCACUCAGAAGAAUCGUUUUCGCCACUUUCCUGAACUUUUUUUGUACCUUCAUGUGAUCUGAGUUAGGAGCGCGCAUAUUGGAGAGUCAGUAUAGAGGUUUUAUACAACUUUUCCGAUUUAGAAUUUAUAUUUUUCGUUAUAUUCAUUCUCUGAUAACUAAGAGUUAUCGGAAAGAUUGGAUACUGAUAUAUAUUUUAAUGUUUUAUAUAUUAUAUUUCACAUUCUAAACAUCACUUACUAACGCUUAUACAUGUACAGAUUUAUAUUUUUAUGAACGUAGAUGUAAUGAGCACAUUGGAUUAGUGAACGCUGUAAUCCAAUGAAAAAAACUUUCC